GAUAAUUUGACACUAUGGAGAUCCAUAAGGAAGGCUAUCUUAAAAAAUAUCGAAACUUCUUUAAGGGGUGGAAAAAGAGAUAUUUCAUCAUUGAAAAUGGGAACCUGUCAUAUUCCAUCAAGCAAGGGAAGGCUGCUAAAUCCUCCUUUGAUUUAGCAUACAUUAUGUUUGAAGAUGGAAAGAAGAAGAAUUCUAUCAAGAUUGUGUUCCAGGAUGGUCACCACUUCACAAUUAAAUGAAAGGAUAAAUAAUGAAAAAUCUGACUGGUUGAAAGUCCUUAAUGAAGGGAAAAAGUACGCUAGAAGAUCCAACAUUGUUCUCGACAAAUCAGGGGUCAACACUGACAGAUUCCCAAGAAAAGUAACUCUAAAUGAGAAAAAUAAGCACAAAUUAGAUGAUGGGACUUCAAGCAAAGUGCACCAGAACGGAAAUCACUCUGAAGAAGAAAAGGAUGAUAAGAGUUCUUGCUCUAACUCUCCUGAAGGGUUCAAAGGGAGAUCUACAAUAGGUCUUGAUAAAGAUGGUUCAUUUUUAAAGAACGAAAUCUUGAACAAAGAUGAAAUAUUGCAGAGUUUAUCCACAAUAUUUUACCAGACUCAGUUUUUGAAUAACAACUCUCAACUUAGUACAGAGAUUGCUGGGAUGGACACUAUUUUUAAGAAAAUAAAUCAAAGGAUGAAAGACUUGGCUGCUCUAAAUCAGGAAGAGAGUAAAGAAGAGCCUGCGAAGAAAGUGAUCAUAGAGAACUUAACCAAGGAAAUAUCUGAUCUUAGGUCAAAAUGGACGUUUAUCAUUGACAGUUAUGAGAAUGUGAGGGAGAUGCUCUACCCUGUUGCUGAGAAAAUAGCUCUGAUUGAACUCCAGCAGAACCCCUACAGGAUCCCAGGCGAUCCUUAUAAGAAGAUCCAGGUUAAACAAGUUGAGGAUGAAAAUGAUGAAGCCGCUGAGGAUGAAGAUUUGGAAGAAGAGAAAAUCAGAGAUAAUUCAGAGGAUUCGGAUGAUAGUAUAGAUGACGACAUGUUCUUCGAUUUUGAUGAUCAGGAUAUUUUUAUACCUCAAGAUGAAGUUAGGCUCACAAAAAUCACUUCUACUAGAUCAGCAACUAUGGCAAUGAUAGAUAUGAUUCCUGAAAUGCCAUGGAGAACUACUUUACCUUACUUAAGACCCCCAAAAUUGAAGUUUAGUAUCUGGUCAAUCAUUAAGAAUGCAAUCGGGAAAGAUCUGACAAAAUUCUCCGUCCCUGUUUAUUUUAAUGAGCCAAUAUCAAUGCUACAAAAAGGAGGAGAAGCCAUGGAGUAUGAAGAACUACUUGUUAAGGCAGAUAAAUGCCCUGACUCACUUAAAAGAAUUGCUUACAUAUCUGCAUUUAAUGUUUCCCAAUACGCCAACUUAGAAGGAAGGAACUUGAAACCUUGAAAUCCAGUUCUUGGAGAGACUUAUGAACUGUUAACGAAUAAAUUCCAAUUCUUUGCUGAGCAGGUGAGUCACCAUCCGCCCAUCACUGCUUGUCAUGCUCACAGUAAGAACUACGACGUUUGGAUGAACACUGAUAUAAAGUCGUCCUUUAAGGGAAAAAGUAUGGAGUUUAUACCAAAAGGUAGUACCCAUGUAGUUCUUCGUGACCAAGAUGAGCACUAUGUAGUGAAUAGGCCUAUAAAUUCAGUACAUAAUCUUCUCUUCGGAACUCUCUACAUCGAUCUAGCUGGCAAGAGCGUUACUAUAAACAGGAAGACUAGGGAAAAAUGUGUCAUGAAGUUCAUCAAGCGAGGAUGGGGUGGCAAGAAUGCCUUCAAACUUAAGGGAGAAAUUUUUGAUUCUGAUGACAACCUUGUAUAUGUCAUGAAUGGAUUUUGGAACAAGGAGAUUACUAUAACUCAUCAAGAAACAGGAGAGGAGACACUCAUCUGGACUAUGAACGAAAGGCCUGAGCAAUGGGAUCAUCUCUACCACUUCUCCCUCUUCACACUGCAACUAAAUUACAUUGAUGAUGAGCUAAUGGAGAAGUUGCCCUGCACAGAUUCAAGGUUGAGACCAGAUCAGAGGGCUUUAGAAAAUGGAGAUCUUGAAACAGCUUCUAAAGAAAAACAUAAUGUCGAAGAAUACCAGAGAAAAUUAAGGAAAGAGAGAGAAAAGGAGAAGAUAGAAUGGGUGCCAAGGUACUUUGCCACUGAGAUAGACGAGGAGACUAAAGAGAAGACCUACAUCUUCAACGGCCAAUAUUGGAAAGAUAGAGAAAGUGGCAAGGUCAAAGAGUUUGAACGAGUAUUUUAA